UUUUUUCUUUAUUUCUCUCUUCUUUAUAUAAUCUACAUAUAUAUAAUAUAAUAUAUACAUAAUAAUAUAUAUAUACAUAUAUAUAUGCAGUAUCAUGGCAGAUCUUAACUGGUGUACAUUUUGUGAUAAUGCCAUUAGUCAUUUCUCUGAAUCACUUUAUUGCAGUGAACAAUGUCUUCGUUCUGAUGCUCUUCGAAAUCAUCCUUUGCUUGGUUAUACUUAUCCCGAGUUUACUGAUUUUCCUCGACCUCAUAAAACUAUACCCAGUCCAUCCUCACCUAAACUGAGUUGUUAUUCGAAUUGCUCUUCUACCACUACUUCACCUGCCCUGACAGCAACGACUAGUACAUCCUCCCAUGAUUCACCACCUAAAUUCUCUUUACUUUCUUCCAUGACAUCUUUACCACCUAUCAUUACCCCAGCUACGGCUAAACCAUAUCAGUUCAAUUACUUUUCUAUCUUUGAACAAAAGAUCUGAUUGGUUCAUGUAUCUCUGACCAAUGAUUUCAUUUUUAACUAGCACCAAUGUAAAUAUUAAAAAAAAAAAAGGUAUACCCCUCAAUGUAAAUAAAAAAAUCUAUCCUGAGAAAAAUUCGAGUCACACAAAUUAUAUUGAAUUUAUGCAUCACCAAAACCUGACCAUAUCAUACACAAGUGAAAAGAGAAAGGAAACUAAGCUUAGGCCAGCUAUACUAUGCCUUUUUUCUCUGCUUCACACAUGUGCUAUCAAACAAAUCAAUCAACAGGCUAUUGGCGCUUACACUUUGAUUUGUCUGGAUUUCAUC